AUGAGUUGUAAUUAUUUCAACAACCCAAAAAUAAUCCAAUACCUCUGCGACAAAAUCAGAGAUAUCAAAAAAUAUUCGACGGGAAAAAAACAAGAGCAGAGAAACGUCGCGCAGACGGCAGGCGGUGAGCCUGGUUCAUUCCACCACCAACCUCAGAUCGAAACCUCCACCCUCAUAGCUCAGGAACCCACGUUCAAUUCCCCUCCGUCUCUCUGCACCCAGUGA